AAGGAAAUCGUGCCGUCUAAACAGCGGCGUACCUCUCAGACCCAAAAACCUAAAAUAUCUUUUUUUCCCCCGUCUAUCACUUUUGGUCGCCGCUCAGAUCUUCGCGACAACCUCAGUAGGAUUCCGUUCUCACUAGAGAUUUAGUAUAUCGUUGGAUAGGCUAGAGGGUUUUCUGCUUUAAUCGGUAAAGGUUCAAACUUUAUCUCUAAUUCGCUUGUCUGGGUUCGAUCUCAUGGGUAGGCACGAUAGUUCCUCCGAGGAAGACGAGAGAGUGAGAAGAAGAAGUGAUAGAGAGAGGGGUCAUAGGGGUAGUAGUACUAGGGUCACAGCUGAUAUGCCUUCUGAUAAAGAAGAAGAUGAUAGACGACAAAAGAGCAGGAGAGAAAGCGAGAGGAAACGUAGAGAUCAUCAAGCAUCUGAUGAGGAAGGUGAGAUUAAGAGUGUCAGAAGAGGGAAAGAUAGGAAACGUAGAGAUGAUGAAGAUCUCUUAAAGAGGGAUCGGAGGGAGAGAGACUUGUCUGAUAGGCAAAGAGACAACAAGUCGAGAAAGGAAGAGAAGAGUGAAGCUGCUGCGAAGCCCAAGUUACCAGAACUCAACCCAUCUGAUAGCAAUGCUAUAUCUCUGGGGAAAACCGGUGGAGUGUACAUCCCUCCUUUCAAGCUGGCACGGAUGAUGAAGGAGGUGGAUGACAAGAGCAGCGUGGAGUAUCAGCGUCUUACGUGGGACGCUCUCCGUAAAAGUAUCAACGGGCUGGUGAACAAGGUUAACGCAAGCAACAUCAAGAACAUAAUCCCUGAGCUCUUUGCUGAGAAUCUCAUCAGAGGAAGGGGGCUUUUCUGCCGUUCGUGUAUGAAGUCUCAGAUGGCGUCUCCUGGAUUCACGGAUGUCUUUGCAGCUCUGGUCGCUGUUAUCAACGCCAAGUUCCCGGAAGUUGCUGAGCUUCUGUUGAAAAGGGUUGUUUUGCAGCUCAAGAGAGCUUACAAGCGUAAUGACAAGCCUCAACUGCUCGCUGCUGUGAAAUUUAUAGCACAUCUAGUGAACCAGCAAGUCGCUGAGGAGAUCAUUGCUCUUGAGUUAGUCUCUGUGCUUCUGGAAACUCCGACUGAUGACAGUGUCGAGGUGGCUGUUGGAUUCGUGACAGAGUGUGGUGCCAUGCUCCAGGACGUUACACCAAAAGGAUUGCAUGGAAUUUUUGAACGGUUUCGUGGUAUACUGCACGAGGGAGAUAUUGAUAAGAGAGUUCAGUAUUUGAUUGAAGGGCUCUUUGCUAUUAGGAAAGCAAAGUUUCAGGGACAUCCGGCUGUGCGUCCUGAGCUAGAUCUUGUGGAAGACAAGUACUCGCACGAUAUAUCUCUUAAUGAUGAAAUAGUUCCUGAGACCUCUCUGGAUGUUUUCAAACCUGAUCCUGACUUCCUUGAGAACGAGAAGAAGUACGAGGCGCUGAAGAAGGAGUUACUCGGUGAGGAUGAGUCUGAGGAUGAAGAUGGUUCUGAUGAUAGUGGUUCAGAGGAGGAGGAAGAUGGGUCUGAUGAAGAAGAAGAAGAUGAAGAACAAAUGAGGAUAAGAGACGAGACAGAGACUAAUCUUGUUAAUCUGAGGAGGACAAUAUACCUGACCAUAAUGUCCAGCGUCGAUUUUGAGGAAGCUGGUCACAAGUUGCUUAAGAUUAAACUCGAACCUGGUCAAGAGAUGGAGCUGUGCAUAAUGCUCCUGGAGUGUUGCUCUCAGGAGAGAACGUAUCUGCGCUACUACGGUUUGUUGGGUCAACGUUUCUGCAUGAUCAACAAAAUCCAUCAAGAGAAUUUCGAGAAGUGUUUUGUUCAGCAGUACUCCAUGAUCCACCGUCUUGAGACGAACAAGCUGCGUAACGUGGCUAAGUUUUUCGCUCAUUUACUGGGCACAGAUGCUCUCCCGUGGCAUGUGCUUGCCUACAUUCGGUUAACCGAGGAGGACACUACUUCGUCUUCUCGUAUCUUCAUUAAGAUCCUUUUCCAGGAACUGUCAGAACACUUGGGGAUUAGGCUGCUUAAUGAGAGGCUUCAGGAUCCAACAAUGCAGGAGUCACUUGAAUCCAUCUUCCCUAAAGAUAAUCCAAAGAACACGAGGUUUGCAAUCAACUUCUUUACCUCCAUCGGUCUCGGAGGGAUCACAGAGUCUCUCAGAGAGUAUCUGAAGAACAUGCCACGCCUCAUCAUGCAACAACAGAAGCAAGUUGAGGAAUCAUCAUCCGGAUCAGACAGUUCUGGCUCCGAGUCUUCUGAUUCAGAUUCAUCGUCAUCUUCUUCGUCUAGUUCAGAUGAAAGUGACAGAGAGAAGAGGAAGCGAAGAAGAAGAUCUUGAGGAUGUUUUGUUUAGUCACUUCAGCCAAUAUUCUUCAGAUUUUCAAAUCUUGUUUUGGUUAAUUCAACUUGAAUUUACAUGAGACCUCAAUGAGCAAAUCCUACUGGAUUCGGUUCUUUCAUAAGUUGAUGGAUGCAGCAUAUGUAGCUGCUGGUUUCAUGAUUUUGGUUUUGGAAAGCGAACUGAGUGUAAUUCUUUCCUCAGAUCCUUAAACUAGUUUGCCUUUGCUCA